CCCCAUGUCUCCCAUCCCUAACCCGUUCUAGUCGCGUUAAUUUUUGCAUAAUAUAUAGUAUUAGUCAAACAAAAGCGUGAAUUAAUUAUGUCAUGUUUUCGGCUGGCGACUGCCAGCGUCCUGGCAGGUGUCCGUCCUCCGCCGGCGGCAGGCGGGAGCAGGUGUCUACGCCUGCUGACCCGUAAUCCGGAUCUUGCAUUUGCUCGCCGCCAGUUUGCAGUGGCGGUGGAAAACGGCGGACCGAAGAAGAAGCCGAAUGGAACCUUUAAGCUGGCCAUUCUGGGGGCGACGGUGGGCGCGGCCACCGGGUCGGUGUACACCAUGUACCAACGCUGGACGGACGGCAGUUCGCACAAGGAGCACGAGGAGACGAAACCGCAGCGCCUGGACGAAUUUCCGACGGGAGUGCGGAUCACCAAGCGCUAUGUCAACCCCAAGGACACCUCCGGUCUGGACAUUGUGCUGUUCCAGUUCCAGACGUGUCCCUUCUGCUGCAAGGUGCGCGCCUUCCUCGACUACAUGGGCAUCUCCUAUUCGGUGGUCGAGGUGGAUGCCGUUCUGCGGCAGGACAUCCGCUGGUCGUCGGUGAAGAAGGUGCCGAUGGUGCUCAUCCGGCAACAGGAUGGAAAGUACGUCCAGAUGGUGGACUCCAGCGCCAUUGUGUCCCUGAUAGCAACCUAUCUGCAGGACAAGCGCACGGACAUCGGCGAGCUGGCGCAGUUCUAUCCGCACACCUCCUUUUUCGACGACGAUGGCAAAAAGAAGAACGACAUACUGAACAAAUACUUCCUUAUGUACCGCGAGCACACGCCCAAGGGAGUGUCCAAGGAGACGGAGGAGACCGAUCGCAAGUGGAGAACCUGGGCGGACAGCCACCUGGUGCACCUGAUAUCGCCGAACUGCUACCAGACCCUGGGCGAGUCCCUGGAGACGUUCGAGUGGUUCUCGCAGGCGGGCGAGUGGGACGUUCACUUCCCCAAGUGGGAGCGCGACCUGAUGGUCUACUGCGGCGCCACGGCGAUGUGGGCUAUUGCCAAGAUGCUGAAACGCCGCCAUGCCCUCACCGAUGACGUCCGGUCGCACAUGUACGACGCUCUGGACCAGUGGACCGCCGAGCUAAAGAAGCGGAAUACGAAAUUCAUGGGCGGCAAACAGCCCAGCCUGGCGGAUCUCUCGGUUUUCGGUGUGCUCUCGAGCAUGGAGGGAUGUCAGACGUUUAAGGACUGCCUGCAGAACACCAGCAUUGGAAAAUGGUUCUACGAUGUCAAGGCUUUAGUCGAAAAGAACCGGGGACAAUUGCAUAGAGAACGCGUCGAGGACCUGGCCGCUAUAGCUUAGAACAAUCCAUCUGCCCUAGUUUUAUCCAAAGAUUGUUGAAAAUAACCAAACUGUUUAAUAAAAACAUACACUUUUAGGCAAACACAA